AGGUCUUUAGAAAUUCGAUUCUGCGGUGUGUUCGGUCUGGUGUUUAGAAAAGAAGUCUGUGACCGGGCAAUGACAUCGUUGUGUCCCGCCGAGGCGUGAGGAUUUAAUUUCCUUGCCUUAUUGUAAAAAAAAAUGGCAAGCAGGGGCUUUGAUCUUACGGUCGUUUUAAAGCACUGCGAACAAUGCCACCCAAAAAACAACUUUGUGAUCUUGGACGAAUAUCUAGCUGCGUUUUCCGAAUUAGCUAGGUUCUUUGAACUACUGGGACCAAUAUUCAGCUUUGUUGCCCGUGACUUGGAAGAUGAAAUUCACACUUUGCAAGCUCACAGGAAGUGUAGUUAUGGAGAGCAUUAUGUCACCGUCCAGUCGAUGAUAGAUUAUGAAGUUAAAAACAAGUUAACAAAAAAAAAAUCUGCCACUCAUCUGAAAUCUGGAUCACAGUCACUCUUACGCCUGCAUUACGCAUUGCAAUUUAUAAUAAAGUUCAUGGUGAGAUUUCGCGACAGCACUGAAUCUGAUAAAGUACCAACGAUGGCAAUGGAGGUGUAUCAUCAAACGUUGUCUAAACACCAUAUGUGGAUUGUACGAAAAGCCGCGGCAUUGGCAGUACACACAUUACCAAAACGAAAAACAUUGAUGGAAACAUUUUGCAAACAUGAGCCUGAGAAAGUUGUGGAACUGAUCACCCCGGUUACCAAUAUAGCUCAAAUAGUAUACGAUGAAAUCCAAGAAUUGUACGAGUUGAAUGAUUUAUUAAACAUUGCGUAAAUUGAAAAAUAAUAAAAAAAAAUAAAAUGAAGAAUCUGUUCCAAUAAACUUUAAGAGUUCUAAAUUAGACACCAGUAAAGAUUGAUGUGUUCUAAAGAUGAUUCCUAAAUAGACCAUUUUCCGUUUACUGUGAGAUCCUGCGCUUUCUGUGAAAUCAAAUGUGAAAUCCGGGCAAACAAAGGUCAUGUACUAGCAUCGAAACAUCACAUUGGAUUCACCAAAUGCGAAACAAAUUUUUGGGUAUUUCCAUGCCAUACACCUUUGAUGAAUUCAGUUUAUCCCAACGCAAUAUUCCUUUUGUGAAAGAUAUACAUUUCUAAGUUAAACUAUAAAAAGAAAAUUUAGCUCAAAUCAAAUAAUUUGAUUUUUGCGGCAGACGUUUUAUUUGCGUCUUUCAUACAUUCCGCAAGACCUCGACAGUAAACAGUAAAUAUUAGUCUAUAAUAAUUUCGGUAUGUAGUAUCCCAGCAAGUGAAAAUAGUACUUAAAAUAGUAGUUAUCGCAUCGUUGUCAUUGAUAUUGCUGAUUAAUAUUACUAUAUUUUUUUUCAAAAUGUACCGAACUAUUAACAGUAUUAAUGUCCAAUAUUUGUGCACCUUGUUCCAACAUGGUGAUACAAUACUACCAGCAGUAUUAACUAAAAAUUUACAAUUUUUCUCGACUUCAUAUGUAAAAUGUAUAUUUCAUGGCAUCAAUUUAAUAGACACUAUUUAAAUUAUACAGUUGCCAGAGCCUUGCAUGUAUUGUGUGAACCACCAAGUCAUUUUGUACUUUCGGGAGAAAACAUAUUUUUUUUACUGUGAAUUUAAUGACUUUCAUGAUACACGUAUGAAUGAAUAUUUAACAUGUUUUCAGCUAUUUACAAUCAUUUAAUUAUGACAAUCUAAAGCUAUUUCUGGCAUAUUAAACAUAACAGGAUUAUA